AUGGCUCCUAACUGCUCGAACCAGUCGACUCCUACCAAGGUGCCCUCCUUGGUCUUCGCCUCGCUUUACUCAGUGGUGUUUCUGACUGGCCUGCUUCUCAACUCCAUGGCGGCGUGGGUCUUCUUCCAGAUCCGCACCAAGAAGAGGACCUUCAUGCUGUACCUGAGGAACAUGGUGGCAGCUGACCUGCUCAUGACCCUCACGCUGCCAGUCACCAUCCUCAGCGAGGCCCAAGUGGGACCGUGGUGGCUUCCGGCGAUAUCCUGCCGCUACACGGCCGUGCUCUUCUACUGCUCCAUGUACGCCAACAUCCUCUUCCUGGGCCUGGUGGCUCUGGAUCGCUACCUGAAGAUCGUGCGACCGUUCGGUGGCAAGUGUGGAGAUUGCCUCUACAGCUACUCCUUCACCUUAGCCAUGUCGGCUAUGGUGUGGCUGGCCAUGCUGACCCUGUCACUCCCCAACACCAUACUGACCAAUGGAGAUCUGAAGCCGGAGACAGCACAUAACUGCACAUGUCUAAAAAAUGAGCUGGGGCGAAUUUGGCAUGGAGUGGUGGUCUACAUCAACAUAGGGAUUUUCUUCACAGUGUUGAUCACCCUGGUGAUGUGCUACAUGUCCAUCCUCAGGCACAUUCGUCUCUCUUCUGCCCAGUUCGUGAUAGGGGGACCAGCAGGGCAGAGGGAGGCCAAGUCUGGACAGAACGUUCUGGUGGUUCUGCUGGUGUUUUUCGUCUGCUUCGUCCCGUAUCAUGUAUGGAGGUUCCCGUUCACCAUCAGCCAAAUUCACACCACCUUCACCCCGGAGGUGAAGGACAUACUGUUGAAUGGCAAAAAGGCUACGCUCUUCUUGUCGUCCUGCAACGUGUGCCUGGACCCCAUCAUUUACUUCCUUAUGUGCAAGUCUUUUAGGAGCAAACUAGCUCGGUUGCUGGGACGUCAAUCACCCGCACAGAAAUCUUCCAUCUACUCACCCAUCCCUGAGAAGAAACAGAUAUUAGUGCUGCGAUUUAAGGAGAACUCCUCGUCGUCAUCAUAGCAGAGAAUUAGUCCACUUUAAUAAAGAGAAUCUCUGUAGACAAGCGCAUAUUUCUGUGGACAGAGAAUGUAAGGAACUAUUGUUUGGCAUAAUUAUAUUAUUUAUAAAUGGCUGGCAACACAAAUGUAUUAUAUGUAUAUAUUGUAGUCUGUAUAUACUAUGAAUGAAGUUCAUUGUCAGAACUUUAGCAAGGCAAUGCUGCAUGAUGACAAUGUACUUUAUCGUUUUUAUUACUGGUUAUUUUAUUUAUAACAAUUGACCAAAGCUCCACCCACAAAAGCGUUCCUUGUUGGCAACUAUUGGACAAGCUUUACAAAAAGUGUUCACAUUCACUAUAAGGUUGAGAUGAAAUAUACAUUUUGCUACAUGUGAGCUAACACUGCUGCACUGACUUGACAUUAUAAGACUAAUAGUUCAACCUCACUUAAAUGCCCCACAUAAACCAGCAAGCUUUGUUGAUUGUGAUUAAGUUGCUCUGGCAUUAGUAGAGUACAUUUGGAGUAGCUAGUGUUAUUGUACAGUAGUGUUGAAAUGUAAUCAUAGACUCACUUAUAUGCAACAAAAACUCAAUGUGCAGAACAUAGAUAUACAUACCUAGAUGCCGCGUUGCCUGUUGUUCUCUAUCUGAGGUGAUACGUCUGCACGUCCACCAUAUUGGAGAGGUCAAGUUCUGCUUGUGAACAAAUUCACUUGUAUUGAGAGAUGAAGAGUCUCAGGAUUAAAUCAGCCAUAACUUCCUUAUUACUCAGUCAAUUUUGACCAAAUUUGUUUUGUUAUAAUCCUCAGACACAGAUAAAUCUAGGCUGCAUGGGCUGCUCUCGGUAGCUUUUAUGUCUAUAAUAACUGAUUAUGCUUAUUAGCCGUCCAGACCAGCGGGAAAGUAUUUAGUCUGCAUCUGACGUUAAAAACCAAGUUUAGCGCAAGAAACAUAAUCAGACACACAUCAGCAAAUCUAUCAAUGUGUGAAACACUUCUAAUCUUAAUACACAUAACAAUAAAAUAAACCCCCAAACCACAGUAAGAAGGAUGAAGCUAAAGUUGGCUUCCUAUUCACCAGCUUCGUGUUCGAGUUUUCCCGUUCCACCUUAAAUGGUGCAGCUGUCACUUUCUGGUGCCAGAAGGUGCACCAUUUAAGGUGGAACGGGAAAACUCGAACAAGAGGCUGACAAAUUAGAAACUAACCUCAGCUUCGUUUAAGAAGGUGCUAAAGUUGAUCUAUUAUGAAUAUCUACAUGGAUUAAGGAAUGCUGUAACUUUUGAGCCACAAAGCACUGAACAUCACUGUGAAUAAAUAACUACUACAUAGUGUUAAGAUCCCCUGAAUAGACUAUUAAAUGAAAUAAGCUUAAUAUAAAACCAGAGGAAACACAGUCACAUCAACAGGUUCUCUGUGCCUCAUUAACCACACGGCCAUAUCUGCACAUAACCAUAACACAAACAUGAGCGUGGAUCACUGCGUUCCUCCAUUAUUUAAUCCUUUCCCGCUUUCUGAGUGUGAUAUUCUUGAAAUAGUUUAAAUUUGGACAGUAUCUUUCUAAAACUGCUGCUCUGUAAUGGUACUGAAUGCAGUCCAGCAGCGAUGUUGACUGAACCCAAAAUGGCGGUGCUAUUGACGUGCCUGGCAGGAUCCAACAUGGCAUCUAGCUUUGUAUAUCUAUGAUGCAGAAGUGGUAGUUUGCUAUUAGCAUGGAUAUAGCAGUGCUCAUAUUUUGACUCCUUAACAGCUUCAUAGCUCAGAAAAUCAAGUGACAUUUAGUAGAAAAUGGGUGUAGGACAGAAUGUAUCAAGUUUGGAGAAUUUUGUUUAACACAGGAUGCAACAAAGGAGAUACGGGCAUGACAGCAAGCACAGAAUGACAGUAUGACUUCAGAGGCCUGUUGCUAUGAAUGAACGCUUUUGUGGCCAGAGCAUGUGUAGGUCAAGCUGACAGUAUAAAACUUUAAGCUUACUUUUAAUGUAAAAAAGCAUAAGUAUAAGUGUAUUUUGUAAAUACUGACCUGAAAAAAACUUUAAGUCUGUAAAACCAUAAAGUAAUGGUGAAAAAAGUGGCACCACAGCACCCCCACUGGUGAUGUGCUGUCACUGUCAGUGUCAACAUCCAACACCUCGCAAAUGAACGCAGCAGGAAAGGAAAUGUUGCUAAUUAAGAUGGUUCUGUCUGACUGAAUUUAUACUGAAACACGUCUAAAUGAGUUUUAUGUUUUUGCUUUAAUGUAUUAUCGUUUCAUUUUUGAAGAAAAACGUUAGACUGCUUGUGCCUGUGUGUCACAACUAGUUAGCGUUAGCAGUGGAAGCGUUUGGGAACACAGGCCUGUAUGUUUCUCACCUCAAAAACUGUGACCAUCACUUCUUCUUCAUUCAGAGCUACACAUUGUACACAGAGCUGAUCCAGCACCCACAACAACUCUGAGGUUUCUCUGUUUUUUAGCUUCUGUUAGCCUGCUGUGCUUAGCAUGGUUCAGCUUUGUUCAACACCCAGGGAACCUUCCUAAUCGCAAAUAGUGAAUAUGUACUAAGUAAACUCUGAAUAAUGUUCCAAUGACCAAUAAAUGGCCAAUAUGUUUAACCAUAUUUCACUCCUCUCAAUGUAAACUGGGCAGGCCUACUCUUGGGUAAAGCUUCCAUAAGCAUUCCUCUGACCAAUCACAAGGCUGACAUCUCUUGGUCAGUCUGUUUGUUCGUCCAUCUGUCCAUUCAUGGCUAUUUUGGUCCAGGUACCGUCAUAUAAAAGCUGGAUGAUGAUUUUAGUUCUGCAUGAGGGGCGGAGCAGGCUAGGGAAGUUGGACAGAGAGUUGUCAAUCAAGCUACUUAUUAGCCACGCCCACACAACUCUUAGAUAGGUCUGAUCAGCAGGUUUUGAGCUGUGUUUUAUAAUUUUUAUCUUAGAUUUUUUUAUUCAUGCUUUGCUGGUUGCUUCAUAUCACUGUGGUUUAAAAAAACCUUGUACCUCCAUUUUUGACGUGUGUCAGUUUUUCAUAUAAUUUGAAAUUGCUUUUUGUCCUUUAC